CCGUUGCACAUUAUCCAGAAAAUUAUAGCUGUCGAAAACACUUCCGUUUUCUAUUUGAUUCAUCUUCAAAAGAGCUUUAAUCGGUCAAGAUAAUUUCAUCAACAGACAGAGAACAAAACUACAUAUGACCCAAAUUACUUCGAUGCUGGGUCGAAACUUGCGGUUUAUUUUGGAUUCGGGGUUUUUAACGGGACGAUUUUUUGGAGGCGGAGCUGUCUCUUCACGGUCGUGGGUGAAUAUCGUCCCAUCCACGGCAUGUCCAAUCAGGAAGGCGGGUCGGUGUACGUCAGUCAUCAAUCACGGUGUUUAUCGUAAUAGGUCGGGAAAUAUCAAUAUAAAAAUUGGACAAUACCGUUUCAUGAUGGCCAGUAACACAGCUAUGGAUGCGGAGAGGUUUGGUGACGUCUUCCAAGAAUUGGUCAAAGACAUCGUUGGAGACGAUGAGAGUAAUCCUGAAAUUAGAGAUGCUGCACUUAGGUUUGAAAAGAUGUUGGCCUACAAUGUCCCGCACGGCAAGAGGAAUCGUGGUCUAACGACCGUCGCGUCCUUCAGACAUCUUGCGAAACCGUCCCAGAUGACUGAUGAGAACUUACAUAAAGCAAUGGUUCUUGGCUGGUGUGUAGAAUGGCUUCAAGCGUACUUUCUGAUUGCCGAUGAUAUAAUGGACCAGUCCAAAACGAGAAGAGGACAGCCAUGCUGGUUCCGUAAAUCAAAUGUUGGUAUGGAUGCCAUAAACGAUUCCUUCUUCGUUGAGACCGCCAUCUACAAGUUAUUAAAGAAACAUCUGGCGAAUGAACUGUAUUACGUUAAUGUGCUGGAGAUGUUUCACGAGACCACGUACCAGACGGUCAUCGGUCAGUCCUUGGACCUCAUCACAUCCCCAGAGGGCAACAAAGAUCUCAACAGAUUCACCCAACAAAGAUAUGAUGCAAUAGUGAAAUGGAAGACAGCAUUCUAUUCAUUCUACCUCCCGGUGGCACUGGCCAUGUUUAUGGUUGGAAUAUCGGAUGAAGAGUCGCAUAAGAACGCCAAGAUAAUCCUGCUGCAGAUGGGCCACUUUUUCCAGGUCCAGGAUGACUUCCUCGAUUGCUACGGCAACCCAGAAGUGAUCGGCAAAAUCGGAACAGAUAUUGAGGAGAAUAAAUGCAGUUGGUUAGUGGUGCAAGCUCUUAAGGCAGCGACUCAAGAACAACGCGAAGUAUUAGAGGAAAACUACGGCAUUGACAACCCAGCAAAGGUUGCCAUGGUAAAGAGUUUAUACAAAGACCUCAACUUGGAAACGGUUUACCGCAACUAUGAGGAGCAGAGUUAUAACGACCUCCAGCAGCUGAUUGAUAAACACAUGGGACAGCUACCCAAAGAAAUGUUCAUUGCUUAUGCCAAAAAGAUAUACAAGAGGCAGAAAUAAUACGACUGUCAUGGCCCCAGGGACGAUUUCACAAAGAGCCAAGAUUGGUAUUAACCCUUUGGUGCAUAAAUUAAUUUUAAACAAGCAAAAUAAGAACAUGUUCAGAUGCCAAAAUAGGCCUCGGGACUGAACUCGCUUAAUAUUUGAGUGAGAAAUUACCUCUUUAUCACUAACUUUGUUUUACUUCGGAGGGAGCCAUUUCUAACAUAUUUAACCAUCAACGGCUUCACAAAAGAAUUGACAUGUACAUGACACGAAAUCUGCUGUAUUCAAGGUAUUUUAUUAUUAGCUUUAAUAUUAACAACAAAUCAGUAAUUAAUCUUAUAAAAGUAUACGGUGGUAUUUUUAAGAUUACAGACUUUUGACAAGUUUAAUAGAGCACAACAGAUUACUAAGCACCGAAACCAAUUUUGCUCACAUUAAAAGGGUUACCAGCAAAAGCGCCAUGUUAUGUGCACAAUUUGUGACUGGUUCCCUGCUCAUCAGUGUUGUAGGUCUCGAAACCCGGUCUCGGUGUCUCGGUGUCGGACUGAGACCAGCCCUCCGAGACCGAGAAAUUUUGCAGUCCGAGACCGAGUACGGGAGGGGGGAGGUCACCCCCUUGAUCUCGGACUUGGAGGUCUUGACUACAACACUGCUGCUCAUAUUACCAGCAAAAUUGGUUAAGCUCUAUGAAGAUGGGCCUUGCUUGAAUUACUAGCUUACUUGAGAAAUCAUGGUGAAAUACGCAUGGGUUAGAACGAUAUUCUGUUUCAGUGAACACACAAUCUUACUUGGGGGUUAACAGCUUUAUGAAAUUGGACCCCGGUAAUUUGGAGAAUUUCAAAGAGGUAGUGUCCUAAAAAACUUUACGAGAAUGUGCAAUCGGGCUUAUAAUUUGUAUGACAUCAUAAUGACAUCACCAUAUACUUAUAAAAAAUACAGAGUUUGAAAAAUAUCAUCGAGAAUGGCUAUGCUUACAAUAGAACCUUUCCCAUGAAAUAUGUAAGUUGCACGUAGUUCGUAUCACUAACUUUUGGUUGGCAAAAAUAAGGAAACAUCGCGCUGUUUUGUACACGGCUAAUGGCUGCGUGACGCAUACACGCUUGC